ACUAAAACAUACAACUUUAGAGUUUAGGGUGAAAAGUGUUUACCACCUUAGCAACCCAUCUUGUCAUAUUUGACAAGUUCAUUCUAUAUGAGAAGGAAUAAACUUGUGUACAGAACAAAGUAUACUUGUCCCCAACAUCAAGAAUCCAAUAACACUACUUCGCAAAAAAGUAUAUUAAUUAUAUACCAAGAUCACAUAACCAGUUCUUCUUUAUUCUUUUCUCUCCUAAAAAGUUCUCAACAAUACUAUGACAUUCCAAAGAUUUGCAUAUAUAAUCAUUCUACUCUAAAACUACUCAUGAUCAACCUCGAUUCCAUAUUCACUUGAAAAAAACUAAAAAGAAUGCAGCAUUCUAAGCCAGAAUUACCAGUUAAUCGCCGCGAUCAAGAUCACCCUGUAAGGCGACACCAUAGUGCUAGCUACUAUGCCCACAGGGUUAAAGAUAGUUUAACCACAAGAGUAUCAAAGCUCAUAUGUUCUAUAUUCUUAGGCCUUCUUGCCAUUGUUGGACUCAUCACAUUCAUUUUAUGGCUAAGUCUUCGUCCUCAUCGUCCACAUAUUUUCCUCAACGACUUCUCUGUUCCUGCUUUAGGCCACGGAGGUGGUGAUGGUGGACCUGAAAAUGCACAAAUAAACUUCAAAGUUACAGCAAGGAAUUCAAAUCAAGGUAUUGGAAUUUACUAUGAUGCAAAUCAAGUGACAGUGUAUUAUCGAGAAAAGAGCGUUGGAGGGUACCAAGUGUCGACACCAUUCUAUCAACAGCCUAAGAAUAGCACCCUGUUUGCUAGUACGCUUAGUGGUUCAUCAUUGACAUUGACAGAGUCACAAUGGAAGCAAAUACUGCAUGAUCGAUCGAGGGGGCCAGUGAUUUUUCGUCUUGAAUUAGCAGCGACUAUAAGAUUUAAGAUUUCGUCGUGGAACAGUAAACAUCAUAGGCUACAUGCUAAUUGUCCCGCCGGACUAGGACAAGAUGGCAUGCUGUUGCCUGUUUAUAGGGAUAAGAGAUGUUCUUUUUAUUUCUAUUGAUGAUUUGAGAAGGGGAACAUUUAUUUAUGAUAUUUUCCAUUUGUUUUCCUAUUCUUAUUACAACAAUAACAUACCCAGUGUAAUCCCACAAAUGGGAUCUAAUUAGGAUAAUGUCUACGCAGACCUUACUGAUUCCAAUAGACCCUUCGAAGGUAGAGAGAUUGUUUCCAAUAGACCCUCGUUGUCCUAUUCUUAUUGAUUUUUCAUUUUUAGGCUUGUAUUCGACUACAAAAUUAGAGUGCAUUAAUUCUGAACUAAAAAACUCUGUCGAACCAACUGAUAUAU